UAAACCCUGUUCUCCUCGGUCAAUUCAAAAUCAAUUUCACCGGUGGUGACACUUGUAACAUUGUCGUGAUUCUCGGAUUAUGCGCUAGUUCGAUUUCGCCAUGGUUACUUCGAGAGAUGUUCAUGAGAUCGUCUCCAAGCUCUCGUCGGACAAAGCCAAGACUCGCGAAGAUGGUGUGAAGUUACUGAAUACAUGGCUUGAAGGGGAAAGGUCAAUUACCUUUUGUAUAUUUCUUUCACAAAACACAGCUAAACUUAACUUGGACGAGAUUCCAAAUGCUGAAACAUGGCCCUUUUUGGUUAAACUUCUCAUUCAAUGUGUCUCAAUGGAGGUGUCAGGUAGCAAGAGACGUCUCCCUAAACCAACUUUUGCAAAGACGCUUCGAGUUGUUAUUCAGAGAACAGAAGAAACUAGGUUUCCUGGUGUACAUUGUCCUUUGCUAUCUAUGGCCAAAACCCUCUUCGCACAUGUACAUGAUAUCUUGAGCAAUACACCAAGCUUUCAGUCCGAGUAUGGUACCAUACUCCGACAUCUUUUGGAAAUUAGGGAUUACCGUUUCCAAAUGAGGAAGCGUACAUAUUCCAGUUUGGUGCUGCUGUACAUGGAAUGGGCUGAAGCAGGGUUUUGCGAGAAAAGCAGUGGUCAACAUAGCCAGAAGGAGGAAGCUUUUCGCCAUAUUCUUACGCUUCAGUCACUUCUAGAGAACUCCUCUGGAGAUUUUCCUGAUGACCUUCGAGAAGAAAUUGUGAACGGCUUCAUUCAUAUCUUCUCUUCUGUAAGAGAUGAGGGAAAGCUUUCACGCAAGCUUAUUGAAUGUGUAAAUACCUUCUUGCUGAAGGAUGGUCCUAAUUUAGGCUCUUUGUCACUUGAUAUUCAUAAUGCGGUUGAACAAUUUGUAUUCCGUUGCUGGCUAACAACCCAUGAUAAAAACUUAAAGGAGAUACUUGUUUCUUAUGGAAGGCUACAGCUAAAUUUGACAAGGGGUGCUAGUCAAUCUAGUUCUCUGGUGGAACAACUUUUGGACGUGGUUAUCCGUGAAUUGGAUCUGGGUAGUUCAUCAAGUUCUGCAUCAUGGGGUGAUUCAACCAAGGAUGAUAAGUUAGGGGCAUUGAGCACCUAUCAGAGUAGCUUGGUUGAGCUGGCUGCACAUGUGUUCUACCAGGCAUGUGUCAAAACAUCUAGACCAUCAGUGUCAGAGAAACGAGCUCGGAGGCAACCUGUUGCGUUGCGUCUUGUCGAGGCACUAACUGAAGGAAAAUGGCUAUGGUGUGCUACUUUUGGUUGUCUAGUUCGGACUUAUUGUACUCGCAUCAAUAAGGAUCUCCUUAUUUAUUGGUUUGAAGCCAUCUGCACGAACUUUCAGAGACUUCUGGAGGAUGCCAGUAUGAGACGUUCGUAUGAUGGUCUACUAUGGACUUUGAGGAGUUUGCAAGGGCUCUCUUCUGGUUUGUUACUCUCAGAUACUACUACGGACAUAUCAAAGUCCCCUGUUUCUUCAAGUGAGCUAGAUCGUGGCUGGCAAUUGAUCUGGAGUUCUUUAAUCCAUGGGCUAGCAACAUUCAGUAGCACGAGUGUAAUUGUUGAUGCCGUCUUGGUGCUCCUUGGAUCAAUUAUUUCAAGUCAGCACAUAAACGUUGGGAUUCUGCCUCAAGAAGUGUGGGAUCAUCAGUUAUUCAGGCACAUACCUUCUGAGCCGGCCUUGUACUUCAUUGCAUGUUACUUUUCACGUAUGGGUUGCCAGGGAAACCUGCAAGAUGAUUUACAUCUUCGACGCAAUCUUCUUAGAGCAGUUUGUGCCCCCCUAAGCUGGAAGGGUCGUUUGACACUAAAUGAGAGAAUGGUUCAGCUUCUACCAGCAGCUGCUUUUUCCUUAUGUGCUGGUUUCAAUACUUCACUUCCAGUACCUAAGGAACAUCUUCCAACACCAUCUGAAUGGGAUGUCUACGAACAGAUAGAUGAUGUUGAGAUAGAAAGAAAAUUUGGACUCUUUGAAUGCUCCGUGGAGGCUCUAGCAAAAAUUUGCUCAAAUUUUAGCAAGAUCUCUAGCUGCCAAGUUUCUGACGUUGUACAACUACCUCUGGUAUUAAGAGAUCCAUUGCUUCAUGACAUGGAUAUCUAUUUUCUUAGCAUUAUCCCGGAGAGCAAUGCCAAAGGACCACUGUCUGACAUCUUUAUGGGAUGUGCUCUGUUGUGCCAUUUUAUGCAUGGUUCUUAUAUCACAAGGAAGAGUAAUGGAAGCAGUUCGUUCUUUUUUAAAGCAUGCCAGUAUUUGUUAGAAGGCUUGGAUCAUGCUGUCGAAACAAUUGUAAAGAGCCUCAAUGAUCUUCAAAGUCUCGGUCCCUUGGGGUUUGGCUCAGAUUUUAAUGAGAAAGCUUCUAUAAUAGUUUCGUUGAGGUCCCUUACUAAGUCUCCCGUCUUCAGCAACAGAAGAGACCAUAAUCUUCUUGGCGCUAGUUAUGAUGCUGUAAUUCACUCCUUAGAGAACCUUUUGCGGGCUUUUGCUAAAGUCUAUGGAGAAUACACUGAGCACGCAUGGAACACCCAAUCCAACACUAUACCUACAAAGUCGUUACCACUUGAUUCCCCAGAAGUUGGCAGGAUAGUGGAUAUGGAAUUAGAUCUAGCUGAAGACACUAAAGAUAUGGAUAUUAUAACUGCGGGUGGGAAAGCUAUACCCGGCCUGUCUGUUUCCACGGGGAACUGGAAGUUGGGCAUGAUAUCACUUAUCUCAUGUUUUUCUCCAGUACUUCAGUUUCCGACAUGGGAUGUUCUAUAUAAUCUCUUGGAGAAGGAAUGUGAUCCUAAGGUGCUGGAAAAUAUACUGUAUCAUCUAUGCCAGCUUUCAUGCUUGACGUCUAUGCCGAAUGUUAAUGAAUUGGUUAAUUUCUUGGAUGGCAUGCUUAGCACACAAGUAAAGAUCAAGCGUAACUGUCUUAACAUAGUCACUGCUCUGCAUGUUUUACUUCGCACUUUAUCAUCCUCAGGGAUGGAUUCUUCUGGACUCAGAAAAAACUGUGAUUUGGCUUCAAAAGAUGUAGAAAGUUCUCAGGUCUUUGCCCAACUUGGCGCAAUGGUGAAUAAAGUUUCUGAAUUUGGUCUCUUGGGAUGGUUUGGGCGUGUCAAGCUGAUCAACUGUAUAUGUGAUCUCGUUUUGCUUAAUCCUCAGACUGGUCAGACAAUGAUUGAGCGACUUCUAUUAAUGCUAAAUGACUCUGAUUAUCGAGUGAGGUUUGUUCUGGCAAGACAAAUUGGAAUUUUAUUCCAGACGUGGGAUGGCCAUGAGGCACUGUUCCAAGAUAUUUGCUCCAGCUUCGGAAUUAUACUGGUAACCUCCUCAAAGGAAAAACUAGUCACUGCAAGGGAUGUUUUGGCUGCUGGUCCCCAGCCUCGCCCGAAAAUGGAGACUGUCAUCAUUACUCUUAUGCACCUUGCUUAUCACAGUGAGAACAUAGAGUUGCAAGCUGUUUUUAUGAUGUGCGCUGUUUCAGCUAUAGAACCUUGUCAGAGGGAAUUAAUCAUUGCUGCACUUGACAACCUAUCAGCACAACUCCAUUACCCAUCUAGGUUCAAGUACCUGGAGGAACUCUUGGGCCCGAUCCUCUUUUUCUGGAUUGCGUGUGGCGUCAGUUUAACUGGUCUUGUUGAGACAAGUCAGCUGUUCAGUCCAAACACUGAACCAAAAUAUUUCAUCCACUUUUGUUCCCACUGGCUACUUCCAGCUCUUCUGGUGCAUGAAGAUCAUACUAACCUUGAUUGGGUAUCUAAGAUUGCUGGCCAACCGGUGGCUGUGUUAUUUAAGGAAAAUUUUGUGCCAAUAUUUUCAAUAUGUAUGGGAUUGCACUGUAGUAAAACGUCAGAAUGUGAUAAAGGUGCAAUGGUGCUUCAGAAUUCAAUAUUGUAUGUGGGUGAGAUCAGCGAAAAUGAGAGGGACAAGCUUAUUAAGCAGAAUAUGGUGUCUAUUGUUAGUUUUAUUUUAUCAUGCACUUCCUCUUCACCAGAACCUUCAGUUCCUGCUUUUUCUCGUGACACGAUUUCACUUGCAGUUCAAACAGUUGUGGAUGGUUUUCUGGAAAUUGCUGAGUAUCCUAAGAAUGCGGCCAUAACUGACAGGAUAAACAUUUUUCGCCCGGAUAGAGUGUUCAUGUUCAUAACAGAAAUGCACUAUAAAAUGUCAGCUGCAUGCCAUCAUCGACAUACGCGUCAUCAUUUGGCCGCACUUGAGGAGCUUACAAUUCUUCUUGGUCAUAGAGCUUCAGUUCCAAGUUCCAUAAAUUACAUAUUAAAUCUCGUUGGACAAUUUAUUGGAUAUCCCUCAUUGCAAGAUCAGUGUUGUAGCAUAGCCUCCUGUUUGCUGGAUUCGUUCAAAAGCAAUCCGGCCAAAGAAAUUGUUAGUGUACUAGGUGACCAACUCCAGUUUUUGGUCUCGAAGCUGGUUACAUGUUGCAUCGAUGCUGAAGCAGAUACCAAAGUUUCUGGUUCUAAGUCAUCUCAGCUCGUUAAUUUGCUACACAAGCUAGUUGUUAAUUCAGAUUCUGCUCUUGAUGAAGAUAUCAGGGAUUUGGAAGCAUUCCCUGAUAUGAAAAUUUUCCAAGUCAUUAGUAAAUUACACAUCAAAAUAUGCGAGGCAUAUUCUCCGAGGAGUCAUCUAUUGAAGUGUGCUAGAAGAUCUUGUUAUCUGCCACCGAGAUUCCUUUCCAAGAGCCUCCAAGCACUGCAUAACAAGCUCAUAGCCUCUGGAGUUUCUCAAGAAGAGACAAAUGUAGAAACGGCAGAAACAUUUUGGCAGUCUGAUGAUGAAAUUGUAAAUGCUGUUUGGACUCUUGUCCGUGUGUCCGCCUCUGAUGAAGCAGAUAAUAUGAGACUUUUGGUGUCUGAUUUUCUUUCCAGGGUUGGUAUUAGUAACCCGCACACUGUUGUUUUCCGUCUUCCUGGGGAGCUGGGCUCCAUGCAUGAUCGUCAAUUUGUUUGCCAGAAUACUGGAUCAAAAUUGAGAUCUUUCACUGAGAACGGCAUAUCCGAUGAAACUCUUAUCACACUGCUGAAAGUUUUGAAGAAGUAUCUUUUAGAUGACUCUGUAAAGAUUAUUGAUGUAACAUCUCAAACUCUUCGGGGAAUUCUUUCCACCGAAAGGGGGCAGCAAGCAUUAUCAUCUUUCGAUUCAUGUGAGAGAUCUUCCAUUGAGGUGAGCUUUCUGGUCUUAUGCUACUUUUCAUUGGUUGAUAGGUUAUGCCAGAACAUAGCAAUGCUGAAAGCUGAAAUCUCGGAGCUUCUAUUCCCUAGUGUUAUUGUUAGUCUUGCAGGAAGGAUUGGGACGGAUAUCAAUUUACACAAAUUAAUAACGUCACAGGUGAAAGAGUAUAUCUUCAUUGAUUCAAACAAGCUAACAAAGUCGAAGCAAAUUAUGUUAAAUACCCUGAAUGAACUGCGGAUGUGUUAUGUCCUCGAAAGAUCGAUUUUUUCUGGACAAACUAAGAAAGAAAAGAAUGCUUAUGGAAUGGCAGCGUCCAUAACUACAAAUUGGGAAAAGGUUUAUUGGCUUUCCAUUGAUUAUCUUGUUGUUGCCAGAUCAGCAGUAGUAUGCGGUGCAUACUUGACCGCCUCCAUGUAUGUUGAGUAUUGGUGUGAAGAGAGAUUUGGCAAUCUAACUCUCGGAGAUCCUGAUUUUUCUUAUCAUGAUAUGUUGCCGGAUCAUGUUGAGAUACUUGUGUCUGCAAUAACAAGAAUAAACGAGCCUGACAGCUUGUAUGGGGUUAUACAUUCAAAUAAGUUGUCUGCUCAAAUAAUCACAUUUGAGCAUGAGGGAAACUGGACAAGGGCACUCGAGUAUUAUGACUUGCAAGCACGUUCACAGAAAACAGUCGUGCCAGGUAGCUUUUCUGAAAAUCUAGAGGUGGAACAAUCUCAGCCAACAACUAGUGCACGGCAUUCUGUUUUUGGUGAAGGGGAGGUCCAGAGACAACCAUUCAAAGGACUCAUAAGGUCGUUGCAGCAGACAGGCUGUAUGCAUGUCCUGGAUCUGUAUUGCCGGGGCUUGACUUCCCGAGAAGGUUGCUUUCAGUAUGAUCCAGAGUUCAUCGAAUUGCAGUAUGAGGCUGCAUGGCGUGCUGGCAAAUGGGAUUUUUCUUUACUUUAUCCGAAAACGCACUGCCAACCUCUGCAACAUGUCAAGAACAAUAAUUAUCAUGAAAAUCUACACUGUUGUUUGAGAGCAUUGCAAGAAGGGGAUUACGAAGGGUUUUAUGCAAAACUGAAGGAUACGAAGAAGGAGCUUGUGCUGUCCAUUUCCCGUGCAAGCGAAGAAAGCACUGAAUUUAUAUACUCUACAGUAGUGAAACUUCAGAUUCUUCAUCAUCUUGGACUAGUUUGGGAUCUUCGCUGGACGACAUCUUCACAUCAAAGUGUGCAUGGCUAUCCAGUCAAACAAAUAGCAUGCACAGACCCCGUGACUCCAACAAUGGAUCAGUUGUCUUGGCUGAAUGAGGAUUGGAGCUCUAUUAUUACGCAAGCUCAGUUGCACAUGAAUUUGUUGGAGCCAUUUAUCGCAUUUAGGCGUUGUCUUCUCCAAAUCUUGGGAUGUGAGGAAUGUACUAUGCAACAUCUUUUGCAGUCUGCUUCAUUACUUCGCAAGGGAACAAGGUAUUCUCAUGCAGCUGCGUCUCUGCAUGAGUUCAAGUUUCUUUGUGCAAGAAGUGAUGGACAACAACCCGUUCCAGAUUGGCUUGGAAAGCUUGAAGAGGCGAAGCUAUUACAUGCCCAAGGCCGGCAUGAAGUUUCCAUUAGUCUUGCAAGCUACAUUUUACAUAAUUAUCAAUUAAAAGAAGAAGCUUCAGAUAUAUAUCGCGUGAUUGGAAAGUGGCUGGCAGAAACCAGAUCGAGCAAUUCUAGAACAAUUUUAGAGAAGUAUCUGAGGCCUGCAGUUUCGCUUGCUGAAGCACAGAGUUCCAAGAUCUGCAAAAGGCUGGUAGAUAGACAGAGCCAAACUUGGUUUCAUCUGGCUCAUUAUGCAGAUGCUCUAUUUAAGAGUUAUGAGGAAAGACUCUCCUCCAGUGAAUGGCAAGCUGCAUUGCGACUACGAAAACACAAGACAAAGGAGUUGGAGGUGCUUAUUAAACGCUUCAAGAGUUCAAAGAAGGCGGAGCAAUCUGAUUAUUCACUGAAGAUCCAAGAUCUACAGAAGCAACUAACAAUGGAUAAAGAAGAAGCAGAAAAACUACAGGUUGACAGGGAUAACUUUCUGAAACUUGCAUUGGAGGGGUAUAAACGUUGUCUAGAAAUUGGUGACAAGUAUGAUGUUCGAGUGGUGUUUCGACUAGUAUCCAUGUGGUUCAAUCUUGCUUCCCAGAAAAAUGUUAUUGAUAACAUGUUGAGCACCAUUAGAGAGGUUCAGUCUUACAAAUUUGUACCACUUGUUUAUCAAAUUGCUUCAAGGUUGGGCAGUUCCAGAGAUGAAUCAGGAUCUAACAGCUUUCAGUCUGCUCUAGUGUCACUUAUCAGAAAAAUGGCCAUUGAUCAUCCAUACCAUACAAUCUUUCAGCUACUGGCAUUGGCAAACGGUGACCGUAUCAAAGAUAACCAACGUAGUAGAAAUUCUUUCGUGGUUGAUACGGAUAAAAAGCUUGCAGCAGAGCAUCUCUUGCAGAAUGUAUCACAUAAUCAUGGGACUAUGAUUAUACAAAUGAAACAGCUGGUAGAUAUCUACAUCAAACUUGCAGAGCUUGAAACAAGGAGAGAGGAUACCAAUAGAAAAUUAACACUGCCAAGAGAAAUUCGUAGUGUGAAACAAUUGGAACUUGUACCUGUAGUGACUGCUACAAUUCCUGUUGAUCGUAGUUGCCAAUACAAUGAAGGGACAUUCCCAUUUUUCAGAGGUUUAUCAGAUUCUGUUACAGUGAUGAAUGGUAUAAAUGCUCCAAAAGUAGUUGAAUGCUUUGGAUCUGAUGGCCAAAAAUAUAAGCAACUUGCGAAAUCUGGCAAUGAUGACCUCAGACAAGAUGCUGUUAUGGAACAGUUUUUUGGCCUCGUAAAUACCUUUCUACACAAUAACCGGGACACAUGGAAGAGAAGAUUAGCUGUGCGCACAUACAAGGUUAUUCCUUUUACUCCUAGCGCUGGUGUUCUUGAGUGGGUCGAUGGCACAAUUCCACUUGGAGAUUAUCUUAUAGGAAGCUCAAGGAGUGAAGGCGCUCAUGGUCGUUAUGGCGUUGGAAACUGGAAAUAUGCUAAAUGCCGAGAACAUAUGUCGAGUGCGAAGGACAAACGCAAAGCCUUUGUGGAUGUCUGCACAAACUUCAGGCCUGUCAUGCAUUACUUUUUCCUGGAAAAGUUCCUGCAGCCUGCUGACUGGUUUGUGAAGAGGCUUGCGUAUACACGUAGUGUUGCAGCUAGUUCAAUGGUUGGGUACAUCGUUGGUCUUGGAGACCGUCAUGCCAUGAAUAUUUUAAUCGAUCAAGCCACAGCAGAAGUUGUCCACAUAGAUCUUGGAGUUGCCUUUGAACAAGGAUUAAUGCUCAAGACUCCUGAAAGGGUUCCGUUCAGACUGACAAGAGACAUAAUUGAUGGAAUGGGCAUCACAGGAGUGGAAGGCGUUUUCAGGAGAUGUUGCGAAGAAACCCUGUCUGUGAUGCGAACAAAUAAAGAGGCGCUGCUUACAAUUGUCGAAGUGUUUAUACAUGAUCCUCUGUACAAAUGGGCCUUGUCCCCCUUAAAGGCUUUGCAAAGACAGAAGGAAACUGAAGNGUCGAGUGUAAGCUCAUUUCCUUUCUCAGAUCUUCUUAGUUGGCCAUCACUGGCAUCUGUUAAUGUAACUUACUCCGUAAGANUGAACUUGGAAGGGUUACAAGAGGAAUUCGAGGGGAACAAGGAUGCUACACGUGCCUUAAUGCGUGUCAAGCAAAAACUUGAUGGCUAUGAGGGCGGUGAGAUGAGAAGCAUACAUGGCCAGGUAAUGUUUUUGAUAUAUAAAUCAAAGGUUAAAACAGCACACGCUAAGUUGUUUACUGAUUGUAUUUGCUCAACACUUACNGACUGGUUUGUGAAGAGGCUUGCGUAUACACGUAGUGUUGCAGCUAGUUCAAUGGUUGGGUACAUCGUUGGUCUUGGAGACCGCCAUGCCAUGAAUAUUUUAAUCGAUCAAGCCACAGCAGAAGUUGUCCACAUAGAUCUUGGAGUUGCCUUUGAACAAGGAUUAAUGCUCAAGACUCCUGAAAGGGUUCCUUUCAGACUGACAAGAGACAUAAUUGAUGGAAUGGGCAUCACAGGAGUAGAAGGCGUUUUCAGGAGAUGUGGCGAAGAAACCCUGUCUGUGAUGCGAACAAAUAAAGAGGCGCUGCUUACAAUUGUCGAAGUUGAGAGUCUUGCUAAGCAUCUCUUGUCGAAAACUGAGCCGCAUGACCGGCAUUUGUUAACCUCAUCUUUCUCCUAA